AUGGCGCAAAACAAACCUCCUGGCCCAGACCAGUCUCGCAACGAAUACAUUCCCUCCUUCAUAUCCAAACGACCGUUCUGGGCCGAAACAACCUCUGACGCCGACUACCUCGAACACCAACGUAUCCAGUCUGCACCGAAAGAUACCCUCGAUAGUGCGAAAUGGUACAACCGAGGAAAGAAAGUCGGCCCGGCGGCCACUAAAUUCCGCAAAGGAGCAUGCGAAAACUGCGGUGCUAUGACACACAAGACGAAAGAAUGCCUAAGUCGACCUCGAAAACAAGGUGCCCGUUGGACAGGUAAAGAUAUCCAGGCCGACGAAGUCGUGGAGGACGUCGAGUUAGGAUGGGAUGCGAAACGCGAUCGUUGGAAUGGAUACGACAGCCGAGAAUACAGCGCCGUGGUCAAAGAGUUUGAGGAACUAGAGGCUCUGAAGCGAGUAGCAGGGAAAUCUCAAGAUAAUGCGUCGUCGGCUCCAGAAAAUGGCGACAACACAGACGCUCGUUACGGGGAAGAAACAGACAUGGGCCGGUCCCAACCAACGUCCACCCGUCAACUGCGCUUGAGAGAAGACACAGCGAACUAUCUGCGCAAUCUCGACGUAAACUCGGCAAAAUACGAUCCCAAAACCCGCUCCAUGGACACCAGUGCUCUCGCGCCUUCCAACGACCCUUCUUCAACGAACGCAGACGACGGCUUCGUUCGGCCUGCCGACGACGCCGCCGAAUUUGAACGUGCACAACGAUAUGCAUGGGAGACGCAAGAAUCAUCGAAUCCGGGAACCAAAAAACUGCACCUCCAAGCAAAUCCCACCGAGGGCGAAAUCCUGCGAAAGAAGCAAACGCUCGAAGCAGCCGAGAAGAAAGCCGCAGCCCGGAAAGCCCUCUUAGAAAAAUAUGGAGGCGACGAACAUCUCCAAGCAAAUCCCGUCAAGAGCGGCAACCGUGUGCUCGAGAAUGAGCGGUACGUCGAAUACGACGAGUCUGGUCACAUCAAAGGAGAAGAACGCAAAAUCGCACGCUCUAAGUAUGCCGAGGACGUGUUGACGAACAACCAUACAUCAGUCUGGGGCAGCUGGUGGCGGGAUUUCGUAUGGGGAUAUGCGUGCUGCCAUUCAACAGUAAAGAACAGCUACUGCACAGGCGAAGCCGGACGGAUCGCGUUCGAAGAAGCCGAGGGAAUGCGUACAGGUGAGGCACUGAUGUUGGAGAAUGGGGAGUCUCAGUCCCAAUCCCAAUCCCAGCUUGAGAACAAAACCGAGGCCGGGAACAUGGAUGGUGACGAAAAACCCAAUCGAGACACCGAUAAGACUGUUCCUCGAGUCCAGGCCAAAAAGCGCACACUCCAAGAACUCCAAUCCGGCAUCACAGAAGAAGAGCUUGAAGCGUACAAGCGCUCGCGCACGGCGGCAGAUGAUCCAAUGGCCAAAUUGUUGGGCAAAGACCAUCUCGUGCCGCUAUAG